AGAGGAUUUGGACCAAGAAGAGAAGGCCAGGUUUGGGGAGCUGUGCAGCGGCGAGAACGGGAAGGGCAGGGAGUGGUUCGCGAGAUACGUGAGCGCCCAGCGCUGCAACUCCAAGUGCGUCUCGGAGCAGACCUUCUACCGCCUGAUGCAGUCCUUCGCCCUCGUGCUGUUUGAGUGUCACCAGAUGGAUGACUUCAGCCCUGCCAAGAACCUCAUGACCAUGUGUUUCACCUACUACUACGUGGGCAAGACCCACGCGCUGCCCUCAGAGUCCAAGGAGAAGCCCAUGGGCAGCAUCGACUCAUACCUGAAGUCGGCAAACAGCUGGCUGGCGGAGAAGAAGGACAUUGCAGAGCGGCUCCUGAAAAACACCUCAGCCAAGACGGAGAACGUCAAGGGCUUCUUCGGGGGCCUGGAGACCAAACUGAAGGGUCCCACCACCAAAAAGAGCGAGGAAGGUGAGGACAAACCAAAGGAGAAGCUGAAGAAGACAGUGUCCGUGCAGAGCCCAGAGGAGGAGAAGAAAGGAGAGAAGAUCUACCUGUACAUGCACCUCAAGCAGCAGCCGAUCUGGCACAACCUGCGGUUUUGGAACGCCGCCUUCUUUGACGCCGUGCACUGCGAGCGCAGGAAGCGGUCCCCCACCACCAGAGGGAACACUGGGGAGGAAGAGGAGAAGAGGGAGAAGUGGUGCCACAUGACGCAGGAGGAGCGCGAUGACAGCCUGCGCUUCAAUGAGAACAUCACCUUCGGGCAGCUGGGCACCUUCAUCCACAACAUGCUGGCGUUCGGCCUCAACAAGAAGCUCUGCAGUGACUUCUUGAAGAAGCAAGCGACCAUCGGCAAUUUGGAUGAAGAGCAAUACAAGCUGCUCAGCGACCACAUCGAGCAGAUGGCCACCGAAUAG